GGUGCCCACUUUGUUGUAAUUUUCUACUUGCAUCAAUUUAACAUUUACCAAGUAAAUAGUAAAAUGGCAUCUGUAUACUACGAAGAUGCUCCCCCGGGAUCGCUAAACGAGGACGAGUUCUUUUGUACCGAAAGGAUUGUACCAAGAAAAAUUAAACCACAAAAUAUAGUAAUAAGACUGAUGGAUAGAGAAAUUUAUGGCUCCAGAAAACCUGGAUCACACUUCCAUGUCGUCAGGGAGUUCUAUCAAAAUGUAUUUCCUAACUUAACAAUAGUGAAUGUAGAGAAACCUCCUUGUUUCUUACGGAAAUUUAGUCCUGAUGGGAAGCAUUUUAUAGCAUUUUCAGCUGAUCAGACUUCUUUAGAGAUAUAUGAAUAUAGAGGGGCUUCAGCGGCAGGAGAUCUUGUGGCAGGAUAUCCUGCUGAUUUAUUAAAUGCUGAUGCAGAUGUUCAUCACAGAAUACGAACUCACAUAUUUUACAGGUUUUUUAAGCCAAAAUUUACAGUAAAUGUAUGCCAACAAAGACUGGUGUCAAGAUCUGAACGUAACCCUGGACAACUGCCAUUUAUAGAGCAACAGUUGAACCGUGAAUGCAGUCUGUUCACUGAGGAUGGUAGAUAUGUGAUAGUAGGCUCCGCAGCACACAUACCAGAUGACCUAAGGCCACACUUUUACCAUAUACAUAGUAACAAUGAAGCUGUUACACCAACAAUUAGAUCUGCACUGGAAGAUUAUUCACUGCACUUGGUAGACCUUCACCAAGGUAAACUUUGUGACACAAAGCAUUUCAGAAUUGACAAAAUCUACUUGUCACACAAUCAAGGUAUUUAUCUGUACAAAGAAGUGUUAGCAGUUCUCUCGGUACAGCAUCAAACAAUUCAUUUGUUUCAAAUUGUUGAUGGAAUGUUAAUAGAAAUAAGAAAAAUAGGAAGAUUUUGUUUUGAUGAUGAUCCCUUUAUUGUGAACUCGGUGUUUACACCACAGACUAAUGAGAGACCAUUCCAUGAAGAAACAAUAAACAGUUUAAAACACAGAUUGCUUGUAUUUCUCUUUAAAAGAGCAAAGAGUAUAAGUGACAGUACAAAUGAUCCUUUUGAAUUGAGAAAGUUUUAUAAAUACUUUGAUAUGUUCAAAAGUUUAAGGAUGUGGAAGAUGCAGCUUUUAGAUGAAGACCAUUUAUUCAUAAAGUAUGCGAGUGAAGAGGUGGUGACUUUGAGAGUGGCAGAGCCUAACAGCCAAUCAUCAUUUUUUGUAAUCUACAACAUAAGUGGGAGUAAAAUAUUGGCCGUGUACGAGAACACUUCAGAAGCACUGUUGCAAUUAUUCGAGAACUAUUGUGAUUGUUUUAGAAAUGCAAGAUUAUGUGCCGAUUCACAAUUCACUUGUUCACCGUCUAACAAUCUAUAUGCGAGGCUAACACAACAGAGAUUCAAACAAACUAUUGUUCGAGCUAUAUAUGGUGGCCGGACGGAGGCAACGAAACGUAUUCUUGCUCAGUUACCUAUAAGUGCACAGUCAUACAGCGGAUCACCUUAUUUAGAUUUAGGUCUUUUUAGUUACGAUGACAAAUGGGUUUCUGUUAUGGAAAGACCUAAAGCAUAUGGAGAGUAUCCUAUUAGAUUUUACGCGCGAGAUUCCGGUCUGCUAAAGUUCAAGAUCUACGCGGGUGUGAUCGGUCAGUCUGUGCCGGCGAGCGCGAGGCGUCUCGUCGCUUUCACCUUCCACCCCACAGACCCCUUCGCGAUCAGCGUUCAAAGAACUAAUUCAGACUACAUUGUUAACUUUCAUAUUAGAAAUGCAGUCUUCAGUUGAUAUUGGUUUCCACAAAAAGUUUAAUUUUUUACUGUAUAGUAUG